GAAGCCGGGAGGCCGGCUCCUCAGAACCCCAGGAAAGCGGGGCACCACCAUAGAGAAGGGAGGAAGCGAUGAGGUGAGGGAACGCAUCCUGCCAUCACUUCCGGAAGCUCAACUCCACUCCAAAGCGGAGCCACUCCGCGCCGCACAGCCUGACGGGAAGGGAGCCGUCCCUUGCGGAACGCGCUGUGGGGCGACUCGCUCCGCCCCCACCGCAGGGCACGCCGGGAGAUCCGCUAGUCUCUUUAGCUUUAUCCGCUAGUCCUAGGAGGAGGGGAAGGAAGGUGGGCAUGCUGACCACGCCCCUUCCACCUGACUGCGCUAGGCCGCGCCCCUGCGCCGGAAGGAGGAAGGCGGGAGGUCGUAGCCCGCCUGGAGGAGAGCGGUCGACGCUUGUUACGUGAAGCCGUUGACGGCGGAGACUGAGGGGGGCGUGGCAGGGGGCGUGACGACUCUGGGGUCACGAGUGGCGGCCGGAAGUGGCUUCCGGUAAGAAUAGUCCGAGAUGGGGACCUCCCUGGACAUCAAGAUCAAGAGAGCGAAUAAGGUGUACCACGCCGGGGAAAUGCUCUCUGGCGUGGUGGUCAUCUCUAGCAAGGAUUCCGUCCAGCACCAGGGAGUGUCUCUGACAAUGGAAGGGACUGUAAACCUCCAGCUCAGUGCCAAAAGUGUGGGUGUGUUCGAAGCUUUCUACAAUUCUGUGAAGCCGAUCCAGAUUAUCAACAGCACCAUAGAAAUGGUGAAGCCUGGAAAGUUUCCCAGUGGUAAAACUGAAAUUCCCUUUGAAUUUCCUCUGCAUGUGAAGGGCAACAAAGUUCUGUAUGAAACUUACCAUGGCGUGUUCGUCAACAUUCAGUACACACUGCGCUGUGACAUGCGGCGGUCCCUGUUGGCCAAGGACUUGACCAAGACCUGUGAAUUCAUCGUUCACUCUGCCCCUCAGAAGGGGAAGUUGACCCCGAGUCCUGUGGAUUUCACCAUCACCCCGGAAACCUUGCAGAAUGUCAAAGAGAGAGCCUCACUUCCCAAAUUCCUCAUUAGAGGACAUCUGAACUCCACCAACUGUGCUAUCACGCAGCCACUGACAGGAGAGCUGGUGGUGGAGCAUUCGGAUGCUGCCAUCCGGAGCAUAGAGCUUCAGCUGGUCCGCGUGGAGACCUGUGGGUGUGCAGAAGGCUAUGCACGUGAUGCCACAGAGAUUCAGAAUAUUCAGAUUGCCGACGGGGAUGUUUGCAGGAGCCUCUCUGUCCCCAUAUACAUGGUCUUCCCCAGACUGUUCACCUGCCCAACACUGGAGACCACCAACUUCAAAGUGGAGUUUGAGAUUAACGUAGUGGUGCUUCUGCACGCGGACCACCUCAUUACCGAGAACUUCCCGCUGAAGCUCUGCCGCACAUAGGCAGCGGUGAGCCAGGACAGCCACGUGGCCUUGCGGGUCCAGCUGCUUACCCACCCGCUCGGCGGGCAAGGCCGCGGCACCUGCUCAUGGUUUUCUGUAUCAGAGAGAGAUGUGCUCCCGGGAUGGCGGCUCUCCUCUUCCUCGUUACCCCAAAACUCUGCUUCCUACAGGCGCCUUGACUGAGCAGGCGCCUUGACUCGGACCCCUUACUGGAAUACGAUGGUUUCCUCGUGUUUUUUACAAGGUCACUGCACAGAGAGCAUCUCCAAUGGAUUCUGGUUUGUCAGGUUCUUUGGGUUCAGUAAAGCGAUUGUCUGCAGUUUGUGUUUGCUGACAGUGGGACCCUGAGGACAGAAGAGAGCCCCUCUGCCUGGCCUGCGCUCCUCCAGCACAAGGCAGCUCCUGCAUGCUGGUGGGCUGAGAGCUUCUGAAGACCCUCGGAGGAGAGCUGAGCGCCUUCCGGGGACGUGGGCACCAUCCCCUCUGUGGGCCUGUCCCUUUGUAACAUUUUCCCUCAAACCUCAAACUUUUUAGGGAACUGGGAGAAAAGGAGCAAAAAACCUGAAAGAAACUUUCACAGGAGCGAGGGGUUUUGUCAGCAAGGGCUGGCUGGAGUGUUCAGUCUCCAGACCCCGCACGCCAUCGCAUCCACAUAUUCCCAGAACAUUUUUAAAGGCAAGGUGGUUGUGUAAGGGGAAGAAUGUGGACUUCCUGCUCCUGUUACCAGGUAGGUUUGGAACGGUGGGAGGCCAUGCCCUCUCCAUGGCCUGGUGCCAGGAAAAUGUCAUAGACUUGAUGAGCUUGGCCUGCCCCUGACUUGGGGGACCUGUGCUUUGAGCCAGGAACUUUGGCCUGAAGCCAGUUUCCCCUCAUCCUCACGUUGUAAUUCAAAUUGUGUGGUGGACCUGUUGCAAUACAUUUUUUCCUGUAAGUCUUGCCAUUGUUUUGUUGGUCUACAAUUAGUGAGAACUCAGAAAUGAGCCAUGCCGCUUGCACACCUAACUGCUUGCACACCCACACUCACUGGCCUUCACAGGGUCUGGUUGGCAGAUCUGUGCAAAGCAGGCCCACUGUCCUGUCCACCACUGUCCUGUCCGCAGCCAGGGGUUUGCAGCCCUAGUUUUCUUGCUUUACCUGGAGCUCUGCCCCUGGAAACAGAAGACUUCACCGAGUUACCUGACAGCUCAGUCCCAGACAUUGUAUUUUUGAUUUGACAAUCUUUUAUGCUCAUAUAACAAUAAAAACCUCUCCUCAACGAUGAUUUAUUUAAACAACUGAGUAGCCAAAAAGAGAACCCACACUUUCUGGUAACUUUGUAAGGGAAACUCAUUUUUAAUUAAUUUU